GGAAGUUUUGCAGUGAGGCUGUGGCCCAUUUUCACCUGAACUUGUUGCUUGAGCCUUGAAGCACAACACUAUCCAAGCCUCCCAAACACCUUCCAGUCCUGAGUGGAAACCCCAGGUUCAGGAAAGCAUUGCAGAUGGGCACAGCAAGGCAUGACCGAGAGAUGGCAAUCAAUGCAAAAAAAAGCCUGCCCACAAUCACCAACCCUAUAGAAAGGCUUCGCCUACACUGUUUAGCAAGGGGUUCUGCAGGCAUCAAAGGACUUGGCAGAGCGUUUAGGAUUAUUGAUGAUAACAAUAGCAGAACCCUUGAUUUCAAUGAGUUUCUGAGAGGACUGCAUAAUUAUGCUGUGAUGAUCAAUAAAGAAGAAGCUCAAGAGCUUUUCCAGAUAUUUGAUAAAGACGGCAGUGGCACAAUUGAUUUUGAUGAAUUUCUUGCUACACUGAGACCUCCCAUGUCCAAUGCAAGAAAAGAGAUUGUCAUGCAGGCAUUUCAGAAGUUGGACAAGACUGGAGAUGGCGUCAUAACAAUUGAAGACUUACGCGGGAUGUAUAAUGCAAAAUAUCAUCCCAAAUACCUAAACGGAGACUGGACAGAAGAUCAAGUUUUUAGAGCCUUUCUGGAUAGUUUUGAUUCACCCUAUGACAAAGAUGGGAAGGUCACAAAAGAAGAAUUCAUGAACUACUAUGCUGGAGUCAGUGCUUCAAUAGACACAGAUGUCUACUUUAUCAUCAUGAUGAAGAAUGCUUGGAAACUCUAAUCAUAUAGUUAAAGAGGCAAGACUCCUCUUCCACCUUUUAUAGGUACUUCUGAUAAAGUUAUGCACAACAACACCCUCCUGUUCCAUAACAACAGUUUCCAGUAACUGUACCAAUUACUUUCAAUCUGCAGAAUUAAUUCCCAGAUGCUUCGGUCAUCUCAGCCUCAGGGGAUCAGAGCAGAGAGUAGAUCUGGCAUUUGGCCACCCCACACAUCUGUCCUUUUUCUCUUUCCAUCCCUGGCAUGUCUUUUCUUUUCUGAGAUGAGCUGUUCUUUUAUUUUCUGGUAUCUGCAGUAGGUUGCUGUGGCUCCUGAACAUCCCCUUUACAAUGUUAGAUACAGCUCUGCUUUGCAGAG